GCUUAAUAUUUGAAAUUUAAAAGCUCUCUGUGAUGUCAAGAUUACACAAGGAUUCCACUACUCCUAGUGUAGCCUCUACAUCACAGGAAGGCCAGGAAAACAAGACACUGAAAGUCACUUUUCUGAGUAGUGAGUGGAAAUCAUCAGCUGAUGGAGAUGUGUCAACUAUCACCCAAGAGCUAGCCAUCCAGUUAGCUAAACACUCUAAUGUUGAUGUUAGUGUCUUGCUACCAAAAUGCAGUGAAGAGGACAGGAGCAGUGCAGAAAGUCACAAUGUGAAACUCAUUGAAGCAGGUAGAAUUCCUGGUUUAGAGCCCGUUUAUUGCUUGUCAUCUCCUCCCAGAAACCAUACAAUGGACUGUGUCAUUGGUCAUGGAAUCCACUUUGGCCGACUAAUUGCACUUAUGAAGAGAAAUUCAAUUUACAGUCACUGCAAAUGGAUUCAAGUUGUUCACUCUGCUCCUGAAGAAGAUGGAAUGUACAAAAACAUUUCAGAAGGUGAGCAAAUGCAGCAGACAGAAAUAGAACUUUGUAAGAUGGCUGAUCAAGUAGUUACCAUUGGACCCAAGCUGGCAUAUGUUUACAAGCGUUACCUUUGUCGUGGUAAACAACAACAAAAUGUUUUUGACCUUACUCCAAGCAUUUUCUCAGAGUUUUUGGAAGUAGAACAAGCCACUGAAGAAAGAAGAACAUUCUGUGUUCUUGUUAUUGGAAGUGGUGACAGCCAUGAAGAUUUCAAUGUCAAGGGGUACGACAUAGCUGCUAAAGCAAUUGCUGAGCUGAAAGGUGAAUCCUAUAAACUCAGGUUUAUAUGCCCACCUGGAGGAAAAGGAGAUGAAAUGGCAGAAAAGUUGCUCCGCCAUGGCAUUAGUCGGAAUCAGCUUAUUGUUCGUAGCUUUAAUGAUAGCAGAGAAGUCCUAGCCAACUUAUUCUGUGAAGUGGAUCUUGCAAUAAUGCCAUCCAGGACUGAAGGAUUUGGAAUAACAGCUCUUGAAGCAUUAUCUGCUGGUCUACCCAUACUUGUCAGUGGCAAUUCGGGACUUGGAGAAGCUCUGAAGGAAGUGCCUCUAG